GGAGUUAUGGAACAGAGACUCAGGAACACGUGAUGAACGGAGAGAGAAGUGAAGAAACCGGGAGAAGAAUCCCGGAGACCGGGAGCUGAGGCCGGCAGGAUGGUGAUUCUCAGGGACAGCUGUGGUCGGGGUGUCGCCCCCCGCAGGCCGCUCCGGGUCGGAUUUUAUGACAUUGAAGGGACACUCGGCAAGGGAAACUUUGCGGUGGUGAAACUGGCGCGGCAUCGAGUGACCAACACCCAGGUCGCCAUUAAAAUCAUCGAUAAAACACGACUGGACCGCGCCAAUCUGGAGAAGAUUUACCGGGAGGUCCAGAUCAUGAAGCGCCUGCGCCACCCCCACAUCAUCCGCCUCUACCAGGUGAUGGAGACCAAAGACAUGAUCUAUCUGGUGACGGAGUACGCCCGGAGCGGGGAGUUAUUUGAUUACCUGACCGCGCGAGGACGCCUGUCCGAGGAAGAAGCCCGUGCCAAGUUCCUGCAGAUCCUGUGUGCCGUGGAAUACUGUCACUCCCAGAACAUCGUCCACCGCGACCUGAAGACUGAAAACCUGCUGCUGGGGGACAACAUGGAGGUCAAACUGGCUGAUUUUGGCUUUGGUAACUUCUACAUGGAAGGUCGACCCCUGAACACCUGGUGCGGGAGCCCCCCGUAUGCUGCGCCGGAGGUGUUCCAGGGAAAGGAGUAUGAGGGCCCCCUACUGGAUAUCUGGAGUUUGGGGGUCGUCCUGUAUGUUUUGCUUUGUGGGUCAUUUCCCUUUGAUGGACCAAACCUGCCGAUCCUGCGUCAGCGGGUCCUGGACGGGCGCUUCAGAAUCCCGUACUACAUGUCCCAAGACUGCGAGUCUCUGCUGCGCCGGAUGCUGGUGGUGGACCCGGGGAAGAGGCUGAACAUUGCACAGAUCAGACAGCACCGGUGGUUCCAGGGUGUGGCCCCCCAGCAGCCGCUCCUGCACAGUGAUUUCCUGGCCCCCCAGCUCAGUGUACAAGUCCUGGCCAUCAUGCAGAAUCUUGGCAUUGACAGAGAGCGCACCCUGCAGGCUCUACAGAACGACACGUAUGAUCAUUACGCCGCCAUCUACUACCUCCUGGUGGAGCGGCUGCAGGAGUCACGGUUUGGGCAGCUCCCGGAAGCCAGAGCUUCAGACUGUGUGAAGGCUCCCCUUUCCUCCACUGUUUCUCCUCUCCUGUGUCAGCCGCAGGCAGCAGUGGCAGAUUAUGAUUGUGAGCUCAGCGGCCCACUGCAGUCUCUGCUGUAUCUGGGGGAGCCGUCUCUUCUUGGGGCCCCAGUUUCGGCCCCUCACCCUCCGCGGCAGGAGGAGCCGCAGCUGUGUGAACAGACCCUGAAGAGUAGAGAUCCGCGGCCGGCAGCACCAGAUAUUCUGGUUUCCUCUGCGUCUUCCCCGUGUCACAGUCUGGAGAGCUGUCUGCGGCCGUCCUGUGACCCGCGCUCGGCAGCGCCCCUCAGUGCCCAGUCAGCGACUCCUGUCCUACAGCAUCAGGAAAUCCCCUCCGCCAACUGUCUGCUGCCCGUCACCUUCCAGGAGGGGCGCCGAGCAUCCGACACCUUCCUGACACAAGGAGCCAGUGCACUUCGUCAGCUCCGGAGGUCUGUUCGAGUUCGUGGUCUCCUGUGUCUCAGUAAGCUUCGUCAUCGAGGGCUCUCUGCCCGAGUGGGGGGGCGCUCUGCGGCCAGCACUCAUGGUUCUGGAGACUCCCCAGGGUUCCUGCUGGACGUCCUGCAGCAGCAGAGGCUGCUACAGAUUUCCCUCUGCCCUCCCACCACCCCGUCUUCUCCGCUCCCCGAGACUUCUGCAGAUUGCUACUUGGAGCCCAAGUUUCUUAAAGAAGCUCAUGUGUGGCCCAUGACUGUGGACUGUGGGUGCCCCACUGUGCAGUGAAUGAUGGGGAGUGUAGUAGGCAUCUUAGACUUUACCUCGUACCUGCUCCUGGGCGGAGGGCCUUGCAAUAUAUCACAUGCACAAAAGGGGCCGCUCUGUCGCUGGAGGGGGCCGCACAGCACUGACCUGGACCAAGCAAUAAUCACAAGCACAGAACAAACCGGCAACUUGUCUCCUCCUUAGUGUUUGUAUUUACUGUAUGUAGCAAGGGCUGGCCACCGCGGUGUGCGCUGGAAUUAUGACGUGGACCGCUGGCCGCCACAACACUGCGGUGUGCGCUUGAAGUAUGACGUGUGGACUGCUGGCCGCCACGACAGCGCAAUGUGCCCUGGAAGUAUGACGUGUGGACCGCUGGCCGCCACAACAGCAUGAUGUGCGCUGGAAGUAUGACGUGGACUGCUGGCCGCCGUUGCACAGUGUUGUGCGCUGGAACUGUCUGUGGAUCUUAGAACGCUGCUAUUUCAUGAGAUGAAACUUUAUGCUCCCAAACCUCCUCAACGGCGUCACACUGUAACUUGUCCCUUUUCCCUACCCCAGAUGCCCGUGGCUGUUUCUCCUCCUUUAUCCUCUCCACCGUACCUGACCUCGUGGCUGCCUCUCCUCCUUUGUCCCCUCCACCGUACCUGACCUCGUGGCUGCCUCUCCUCCUUUGUCCCCUCCACCGUACCUGACCUCUGUGGCUGCCUCUCCUCCUUUGUCCCCUCCCCUGUACCUGACCUUGUGGCGGCCUCUCCUCCUUUGUCCCCUCCACCGUAUCUGACCUCCGUGGCUGCCUCUCCUCCUUUGUCCCCUCCACUGUAUCUGACCUCGUGGCUGCCUCUCCUCCUUUGUCCCCUCCACUGUAUCUGACCUCGUGGCUGCCUCUCCUCCUUUGUCCCCUCCCCUGUACCUGACCUCCGUGGCUGCCUCUCCUCCUUUGUCCCCUCCCCUGUACCUGACCUCGUGGCUGCCUCUCCUCCUUUGUCCCCUCCACCGUACCUGACCUCUGUGGCUGCCUCUCCUCCUUUGUCCCCUCCCCUGUACCUGACCUUGUGGCGGCCUCUCCUCCUUUGUCCCCUCCACCGUAUCUGACCUCCGUGGCUGCCUCUCCUCCUUUGUCCCCUCCACUGUAUCUGACCUCGUGGCUGCCUCUCCUCCUUUGUCCCCUCCCCUGUACCUGACCUCCGUGGCUGCCUCUCCUCCUUUGUCCCCUCCCCUGUACCUGACCUUGUGGCGGCCUCUCCUCCUUUGUCCCCUCCACCGUAUCUGACCUCCGUGGCUGCCUCUCCUCCUUUGUCCCCUCCACUGUAUCUGACCUCGUGGCUGCCUCUCCUCCUUUGUCCCCUCCACUGUAUCUGACCUCGUGGCUGCCUCUCCUCCUUUGUCCCCUCCACCGUACCUGACCUCUGUGGCUGCCUCUCCUCCUUUGUCCCCUCCCCUGUACCUGACCUCCGUGGCUGCCUCUCCUCCUUUGUCCCCUCCCCUGUACCUGACCUCCGUGGCUGCCUCUCCUCCUUUGUCCCCUCCACCAUACCUGACCUCUGUGGCUGCCUCUCCUCCUUUGUCCCCUCCCCUGUACCUGACCUCGUGGCUGCCUCUCCUCCUUUGUCCCCUCCACCGUACCUGACCUCUGUGGCUGCCUCUCCUCCUUUGUCCCCUCCCCUGUACCUGACCUCCGUGGCUGCCUCUCCUCCUUUGUCCCCUCCACUGUAUCUGACCUCCGUGGCUGCCUCUCCUCCUUUGUCCCCUCCACCGUAUCUGACCUCCGUGGCUGCCUCUCCUCCUCUGAGGGGUUAUGUGUUGAGUAUUUUCCUGCGUGGUUGCAGGACUGAAGGACACUAACGGGUCAAAGACUCAUUUCUACUGAGAAAAGAAACUAAAUAAAUUAUUUUUCAUACA